AUGGCCGGCGUCGCACCAGGAAAGACCUUCACCCCCGGGCUGGACUUCAGCAAGCAGUCCUACAGCAACCUCGCCCAAAAGGUCGAGGCCGACGUCGCCCGCGCGCACGAGGUCAUCACCGAGAAGCUGCCCCUCCUCUCCCAGCUCAACGCCCUCGUCUCCCUCACCUUCGGCGACCGCGCCCCCGUCUUCCUCGAUGCCCGCGGCCCCGAGGCCAAGCUCCUCACCUCCUGCGCCGACGAGCCCGACACCAAGAUCACCAUCAAGCCCGAGUACAUCGCCCAGUUCUACGAGGGCAAGCUCGAGCCCCGCUACGGCCUCUUCAAGGACGCCUUCUUCCACGAGGCCGCCAUGCCCAAGGGCAACGUCCCCGUCGCCAUCAAGUUCGCCGACCUGCUCACCCCCAACCCGCCCGUCCCGCCCAAGAAGGUCGUCCCCGGCGCCUUCGCCCGCCUGCCCGAGCCUACCGAGGACAUCGAGCAGGUCAAGCGCGACGUCAAGGAGUUCGGCUACGGCCUCGUCAAGAACGCGCUCACGCCUGAGCAGGUCGCCAUCCUGAAGAAGGCCACGCAGGAGCAGGCAGCCGGCGAGCGCAAGGCGGGCGUCUCCGCGGCGGACGGCGGCCCGAACGCGCCCAACCAGCGCAUCUGGACCCUCGUCAACAAGGGCGAGGAGUUCCUCGACCUGCUCAACCACCCCCUGAUUGACGAGAUCGUCCCCUGGUUCCUGGGCGAGCACGCGCUCAUCCACAGCUACAGCGCCAACAUUGCGCGUCCGGGGAACGUGCCGAUGCAGCUGCACACCGACCAGGUCGCCAUCCAGCCGCCCGUCCGCGACAUGGCCUUCGGCCUGAACAUUAUGUGGUACUUUGAGGAUAUCACGGAGAAGAACGGCGGCACUCGCGUCUUCCCUGCCUCUCACCUCGGCCAGAUUGCGCCUGACGACCUCUUCACCGUCGACGGCACCAUCGCCGCAGAAGGCCCUGCGGGAACUGCGCUCGUCUUCGACAGCCGUCUGUGGCACGCCACCGGCCCCAACCGCGAGGAGGCCGGCGAGCGCCCCGUCAUUCUCAUGUUCUUCAUGCGCUCCUUCAUCCGCCAGCAGGAGAACAACUUCCUGUCCCUGCGCAAGGAUGUCGAGGCCAAGCUGUCCGACAGGAUCAAGCGCAUGCUCGGCUUCUACACGACGGGUGCCCUCGGUGGAUUGGAGGGCGAGGUUCGCGAAGGCAUCUUUGUCACGCGCAAGGAUGAUUGUGUUGGCACGGUGCGUGCGCCUCAUGAGGCAUGA